AUGUCAGAAUUAAAAUUUUCACAAAAACAUCCCAUUCUAUUGCCGAGUCGACAUUUCUUGACAGAUCUUAUCAUCAGAGAAACACAUGAAAGAUACUACCACGCCGGUAGUCAAAUGACUUUAUAUACAAUUAGACAGAAAUUUUGGCCACUUGACGGUCGCAAUCAGGUUCGCAAAGUCGUGCGUUCGUGUGUCCGCUACUUCCGAUUCUGUGCGAUAAUAAAACGAGUACACGAGGCCGAGUCCUCAAACAUUUCUAUAUUACACGGGGCCGAAUCCUCAAACAUUUCCGCACCACAUGAGGCCGAGUCCUCAACCAUUUCCGUACUAUCGAGGCCGAGUCCUCGAUCAUUCACGUUUAUCGCUAGAUGGGGUAUUCCGUCGCGUAUUUACUCCGACAACGGAACCAAUUUCAGAAGUGCCAACAACCAAUUCCGAGAACUAUACAUGCUUCUUAAUUCGGACGAACACAAAAAUAUGAUAAAUCGAUUUUCAACAGACUAUCGCAUCACGUGGCACUUUAUUCCUCCUGUGGCCCCAUAUUUCGGCGGAUUAUGGGAAGCCACUGUAAAAUCGUUUAAGCAUCACUUUAGGCGCGUUGUUGGUGAGCUUCUAUUUAUCUUUGAAGAACUAAACACGUUCGCUAUCGAAGUAGAAGGAAUAUUGAAUUCGAGACCUAUUUCCGCUCUAUCCUCAGACCCGAAUGACCUCCUUGUCCUGACACCCGCUCAUUGCUUGAUCGGUGGACCGUUAAUCAGUAUGCCCGAGCUUGAUCUAAUUGAUGUCCCAGCAAAUCAUUUGUCUACCUAG